AUGCAGCCGCCAUUUUCUUCUCCACAAGUAGUAUCUACCGUCACAUCAGCAGGUGCUAUCAAACAGCCAUUGAUCGAAGUCGUUGGCAUUGGAAAUAAAUUAGUGCUCGAUAAUGUAUACCUUAAUAGCUUGCAUGCUCUGCGUCGUCUUGAGAUUCGCAACAUAUCAUCCACUCCAGUUAUUGUUAAAAUGCGAUCAAAUUUGGGUUCUCAAAUAGCCUUUCAGCUGACUAACGAAAACCUUUUAGAUCGUGAAAGUCGCCCAUCUCGAUCAAUUCAAAACAACACAAGUGGAAUUUCGGCAUUGGCAUCCGUUUCUGUAGCCUCGGCCAUUUCUCCAGGACCUGAAUCAUUGCUACACGAUUCAGGUAUUCAUCAAACAAGCUCACCUAUUCGUUCUGGUAGACCCAGCAGCACUUCUUUAGGUCAAAAUCCUGCGCAUACUAAAGACAUCUAUGAACCAUCUCAUCUAAAUACAGGGCAUAAUUUUCCAUUACUGAUUUCGAUGGACUCUUUAUCCUAUACCAAUGAUUCGUCAGAUUCACCCAUGCUAUCUACUCAGAGAUCGUCGUUUUCUGCUUCCUCUGAAUAUAUUGAAACAUCGCUAUCUCAAAAUCAUCCUCUUCAAUCUUUUACCAGCAACACGGUCGAGGCUGCUGCUAUGAGUCUUUCUGGAUUUGGCCAUGCUUCUGAAUAUGGUCACGGACACCAGUUUAAUCAGUUGUUUAAUUAUGUCAAUCAUAUCGACGAGGUGUUGAUAGAACCUGGCCAGUUGCAAAAAAUCAUCAUUGCAUUUCUUCCCGAGAUAAAGGAUAGUCGCGAGAGUGUUUUGACUGCACAGGCACCAGCGAAUAGUAGACUCAAGUCAAUUACAGGAAAUCGUUUAAAUUCUAGUCAAAUGAUGGAUUCAUUGUUUGUAUCUCAAGGAGAAGAAGAAGAGACCUUUGAUUUUUUUGAAGUCAAUGGGCUUAUUUUCUUUUUCGCCUAUCGAGCUGACAGUAAAAAUGUCGGAAAUACUGUAAAUCCGCCAACAAACACCUCUAUUUCUACAAUGGAUAAUGUGAAUGGACAGACCUAUCAAAAUAAUUUAACUGUAAACCGGAAACUCAAAUCUGUUCAGUCUAGUACCAAUCAGCAGCUGGAUUCACUAGUGCAGAAGCCUGUUACUGUUUCUGAUGCUAAAACACGCUCUAUAGAUACUAUCGGUCAAUCUAAAGGCACGUUAGAUAAAGAAUCUUCUACAGAAAUAUCUCCAGAUGAGGGAUUAGACAACCCCAAUAUUCUUUCAGCUACAGGCGGUGAUUCAUCCUCCAAUGUUCCCGAUUUUCAGUUGACCAUCAAACUACGGUCUCGUGUCUGUCGCUCUUUACUCUGGACAGAUAUUAGUAGCACUGGUCUUAUUUUUGAUAACUGUAUUGUCGGAGGAAGUUAUUUUAAGGAUUUUACAGUUUGGAAUCGGUCUGAAAUUGAUCUUUUUUGGUGUUUAAAUACCGUCGAUUUGUCCAACAGGAAUGGCAAGAAUUGGCUCAGAUUUACAGACUACAAUACUGGCGAUCCAGUAGAAAAUGCAUCUGUUCCAGCAUAUUCUCAUCAACGCAUUCGUGUGACAUUCAAGCCUCAUGAGACGGGAGAGUUCAAUUACGAUUUGCAGAUUGAAAACCAAAACGACUCUGAAAAUAUGAUUGAGACUCGUAUUCACGCCAUUGUGCACGAUGUGUUGCGUGAAGAAGCACUUUUUGUAAGUACCGGAAGUAUGAUUGAUUUUGGUGACUGCUGUGCCGGGUUAUGGAGGAAGCGUCGCAUUACUCUCAAGAACAUGUCGAAUUCCACUCUAGAUAUAUCUUUUGAAAGCGAUAAUCCUGGAGUAGUGUUUCAGCUUAAAAGCGACGAUCCGAUUGUUGAUAAUAUACAGAGCUCUCCACAGCAGCAUAAUUACACUGGCCAUCACCACCAUCUUAACCACCACCGACAAAAAUCUGCCAAUCCAUCUACAGGAGUAGGAUCUAUUCAAUACACCACCGCAGCACAGGGCUUUAGUCAAAUAGAUGGUGCUUCUCCUUGUAUUGAGCGACCUAGAGUUGAGCGUAUGCAGGACAUUUCUGCAGUCAUAUCUGGUACAAACAGUGACUUGUCACCUACUCAGAGCUCGACAAGCUCACAUGCAUCAUCUCCCUUGCUACCUCCCAAACGAAAUAAUAGCACUACACUUAAUAUGUCCGGUGCAGCUAGUGGGGCUUCACUAGGAAGUACAAAUGCGGCUGGAAGUGGAGGAGGCAGCCUUUUAACUGAACCAAUUGGCCUGGCACGUACAUCGUCUAGUAACAGCAGCUUUGAGAAAAAUGACGAAGUAAAUAACCUUUGUAUUCUGGAUCUACCACAAAUUGAUGCUCUUGGCGUCACUACCGAGGAUGUGAUUCGUAUUGAUGAAGUGCAAUUGCGUUCUGGUACUGAGCGAACAAUUGAAAUAUGCUAUAAGCCUGCACUCGAUGCUGCCACUCCAGACUAUCGAGCAGGAAAGCUUAUAAAACGCAAUUUUCGAAUUACUCUCAUGUAUGCACAUCCCAGCCAACAAACUCGUGAAAAAAAAACCAUUCAAGCUGUAGCACGCACUUGCACUUCGUUUAUCGAAGUGACUCCACAGCUACUUAAUUUUGGUGAUACCGAUGUCAAUACCUUUAAAUCUCUACCAAUUCAAAUUACAAAUUGCUCUGAGCUCCCAGCACGAGUAGAACUUCGGUUUGUAUCCAAAGUCUUGAAUUCAUUUCGCGGUGAAAUGACAAUCCAUGCUCGCCAACACAUCGAGGUGAAAAUUGAUAUAUACCCACGCAAAAUCAACCCGGAUUACUGUAAACAAAUCACAGUUGUUAACCUUCUCAAUCGCGAAAAUGACCAUAUUGUGGAUGUUCGUUCAACGAAUAUUGAUAAGCAUCGUGUGACUUUUCAUUCGCUGUUUUAUCAUAUCUUAACACCUACUUCAACUAAUUUUGUCGAUUUUGGAGCGGUAGUUUUAAAUUCACCUGUGGUGCGGACGUUUACCAUUGAGAAUAUAUCCAAAAAGGUAUUAUCAUUGCAAAUCACUUCGUCAAUGCCGGAUGAUAUUCGAAUAUUUACCAAGUCAGUCGAGUCGGUUGGAAAGUUUGAUUCAAUCUCAAGUGCGAGUAGUGCUUUGGAGCGACGUGAAAAAUUACUGGAAACUCUACACGAUGCUCGCAAAUUUAAGCGACCUGCAUCUGAUGCACUUUCUGGCAGUUCAAAUGCAGGUAAUAUUACCAGCUCCAGUUUAGGACUUGCUAAUAUCACAAAAUCUAGUCGUGGAGCAGGCGAUGCUCAAUCUUCAUUGACAUGCCCUGAUGAUAAGCAAACUCCCGACUAUUUGGAUCUUGCCUCGUUGAUGGAUGGUCCAGGACGACGCUCUCCUAAGCGCCGACCACCGCAAAUUACUCAGACUGCACAGCUUAAGCUUCUUCGUCAGCAUUACAGUCGAGAGAGAAAAUCAUUGUUUCAUGAGGAAGAGUCAAACUUACGUCCACCUCUGAAUCGAAUGCUUGUACAUAUGGCGUCGGCAGGCGAUGAUGUAUUCACGCCGUCUGUAAAUACAUCAGGAGGAAUCCAUAAAAAUAGCCGAUUAGCAGUGGCUGCCGAUUCGUCUGAAGUACCUAUUGGUAGCUCGAUGGCGGAUUCAAUGGCGGAUGAUCCAUCGUUUCUUUUAGAUGAUGUAUUGGCGAUGCAGUUUACAGAUUUACUUGAUGGAACAAAAGUUACUUUAGACGUAUUGCUACUGCUUUUGGAUAAAGGCACGGGGGUACCACCUCCACCUUUUCCUCGUGCAUCUUUGGAGGAAAAAUAUGCAAGAUCGCAGUUGAUGUUAAGGCGCGAGCUGGAAAAUGCAAUUCAAGAAGAAAGACUGGUUGCUACCUCAGUUGUAAAUAUCCAACCCGAGUCUAGUGCUACGAUUGUAUUGGUUUUGACAGCUUUGGGAAAUACUCGACCUCAUGUUCAAGGAAAGCCACGAAAACAUGAUGCUCGCUUGUUUUUAAGUCUAAAGGAAUUUGAUCGCGAUAUCAAACAACCACAGUUUGAACAAUUGCUUCAUGGUCCUUUAGAUGCUAUUCCUGUUCAAGAACUUAUGCUGCGCACAUUGCUAUACAGAUCCAUCAUGGAGCUUGGACAAAAAAACAUUAAUUUUGGAUUGCUUGACAAGAACGAGCGACGUAACAAAAGUAUCGUUAUUCGCAACAACUCCGAGGCUCCACUUCUUUACACUAUUCGUAAGUCUGGGUCUAUUGCGUCUGGCGAUAUACUUUUAGAUAACUACCGUACGGGUCUAGUGAGAGGAUAUGGUAAACGCGAAGUCGAGUUUAUUUUUGAUCCCUCUUUGGCAGGUAUUUUCCAAGAAAAGCUUAUUGUAGAGAAUAUUCACGAUCGUGAAAAUGAUCAAACUAUGAUUCUUAAAGCAAAUAUCCGUCAGCCAGAAAAUUUUGCCAUUGAAAAAUUACUGUUGAAUUUUGGAGUGUGUAUGAUCAAUGAUCAACACGUCCACGCACAAGAAUUUACCGUCUCCAACACUAGUCAGACACAUGUUCGUACGUUUGAGAUUCGAGUGGAUUCUAAGGAGCUUGUAUUUGAACGAUGCUGUGUUGAGAUUGAAUUUGAGCUAAUUGACGAUGACGACAAUGAUGCAAACAGUGGCUAUAAAGAUAGUACAGCUGGAUUUCAUAUGCACCAAAAACUGAAAAAGCGUCCCGUAAAGAUUCUAUCUAGUGAAAUCGAGGAAUUAAUUGAGCAGGCCGAACAAAAACUCAAGAUUGCUAAACGAAAAGGACGCAAAGACAAAAUUUUAAAAAUUACGGAAAAAUUGGACAAAUUGCGAGCUGGGGAGAUUUUGGAUGAGUAUGCUACGGAUAAAGAUGAUAAGAAACUCAAAAAAGAAGCUAUUGCUGCAGCAUCUGUUGAUAGUUCUCCGUCUGUUACUCUUGCUGGAUCCACGGAUUUGAAAAUUGAUAGUGCUCCGAGAUCAUCCGCAGAUUCGAUUAUUAGCGUAACAGGUUUAAAACCUGCUCCGACUCCUUUGAAAUCAAAUUCUACUUCAUCUCCACAGCCUACAAAUAUUAUAAUACCCGCAUUGGCCAAUACAAUAAAGUCUACCACAGCCAAUGCUACACCAACAGGAUUAACAGUAGAAGGAGCCUUGCAUACUGUUCCGACAUUCAAGGUCAAAAAAAGCAAAUACUCGAUCAUCUUUACAAUUGAACCUCGCUGCAUCAAAUCUGUACGUGUGUUGCUGAAAGCAGUGGAAAAAUCACCAUCUAUCAAGAAAAACGUAGCCAGUCAAGCGGUUCCUUUGUUAAAAAUGCUUACUAGUCCACUGAUCCAACCUGAAUCUCCUGCCGAGUCCAAAUGUCGUACUUUGUCAAUGGCGUCUUUUGCAGAUAGUGACGUUGAUAUGUUAGUUUCGACCAGUGCGGCCUCGUAUCAAGAAUCGUCGCCCUUGACGGUGGAUGCAGUAGCGCCAGAUACAUUUAGUGAAAUAUGCACAGCGCGCAUCUAUGUCCAUGAGCAAAAAAACACAGAUAUUGUCAAGCGUAUACUUUGUAAAACUACAGUAUGCUUUGAUUUAGCAACUUAUCAGCAAAAAAUCGAGGAGGAGAAUAACUUGAAAAUAAGUGAGGCUGGAUUAGCCGACCAAAAACUUGUUCCCGUAUCAGUAUUGUCAGAUCUUGGUGAAAAUGAUCCUCCAACUGUCACAGCUUUUCGACAAACAACCAGCCCAUUGACUGCACUGACUACUGUCCCACCCAAUGUUUUAUCUGAAUUAUCUCCAAAUUUCUCUCGUGUCUUAAGCAGUCGCGAGCGUCAAGAACCUGCUAUUGAAAAUCCUUUAGUUGACUUUGAAAGCCCUAUCGCUACCUUGUCUGAAACAGGAGAUGUGUCUACGGCUACUGAUUCUAGUAUCAUUCCACAAAUUGAUAGUACUUUGCCAUCCGAAACUGCCAACGCCUUGUGUAAUACUACUUUGGGUUCUUGCAAUACAUCUGAUUUACAGUCUACAAGCGUAUUUACUUCUCAACCUUGUUUAGAGCAAGACAUUCAAAAAACACGGCCAGUUCAAUUGCCGAUAUCGAUUUUGGUUGAGGCUCCUUUUGUGGACCUGGGUAAACUUGAGAUAGGAGAACGCAAAGACGUAUAUGCUACUCUAACGAAUACUGCAGACACAGAGGUCCGAUUCAGUUUUACUGAAGGGCCGGACGGAUCGUCUGACUUGCGAUUUCAAACAGCCGAGCAAGUGUUGAAGCCAUUAGAAACUGGUCGGUUUGAUCUCACCAUUAUCCCUACCAAUCGAGGAUUUUUUGUCAACACAAUGGCCGUCAAAGACUCUGUCACUGACCAGAAAUUGGUUGUUGUUUUUGUUUACUACGGAAUUCAAUCAAGCUACCUUCGGUUUCAUACCUUUGGCUGCUCAAGUGUAAAUACAUCUGUGACAGCAACGGAGCUGGAUUUUGGAAAUUGCUAUGUAGAUCCAACACGCAAGUACGCCACUAUUCAACCUUUAGAGAUUGAAAACAUUGCAGAUCAUGAUUUAAAUAUUUCUGCAAGCUCGAAUCUGGCACAGCAAUGCUUUAUAUUUAGUGACGAGGCAUUGAGUCGUCCUGCUGUCGAUAUUCUAAUGGAACCGAAAAAGAUACGCACCUUGUAUAUUGCCCUUCAACCAAAUUUAAGUGGUGGGUCUUCUACUAACCAACAACAGACAAAAACACCAGAACGGUCAGCUUCGUCGAGUCCUACAGGAUUAUUUCGCGAAAUGGCUUCGCGCAUUUCUAGUCAAAUCGACUGCCGUACCCUAAUUGGCGGUAUCAAAUUUGUUGUACAGAUCCGUGAUACUAUGGUUAACAAAUACACUUUGUUGGCUACAAAAAGCAUUCCUACUGCAAAUGGGGUCAUGACACUUACUACACAGACACUUAAAUUCACUGCUACUAUUGGACAGUCACUGUUGAUGGUAUCACACAACCUUGUUAAUUUUGGCGUAUCAACCACUGCUGGUGUUCAGCAUACUGGAAGUUUUUGGAUUUACAAUCUGUCGCCACGACUUCCGUUAGAGUAUGAGUUACAGACAACUAGUUUGAAUCUUGGAUUGUCUAAAGUACGAGGGUAUAUUGACGGUGUAUCAUAUGUAUCACAAGCAGCAAUGUCCCCAGAACUCACAACACCAGUCGCAUCACUGUCUAAACCUUUUGAUUCUCUUGCGCUUUCACCUUCCAGUGAUCCGUCUUUGCUUACUGGAGAAAUGCUAAGCCCGGUACUGCAAGCACCUUUAAAUUCAACCACUCUAAAUGUUCCACAAUGCGAUCGUAUUGAUUUCACACUUUCUACUACCGAGCCCGGAUUUAUUCAUGAGGCUAUUGAUGUGAUCAACAUCAACAAUUCGAUGCAACAGACACGCGUAGAGAUUCGACUAUUUGUGGAUCCCAUUCUGCUAUCAUUGUCUGGUGUUAUUUGGCUUCCACCUUUAGGCGCGAAAGAUUUGGGUUUCACUUCAGAAGCACAGCUCAAGACUGAGUCUCGCCCAGCAGUAAAAUGGGACAAUAUUUAUGUGAUAUCAGGUGGUGCAGUGACAGAUCCAAAUAAGAACUUUGCCAACUCGCUGGUUUUGCAAAACAAGUAUCGUAUAGAUUCGGUACCAUUAUAUGAGCGCAGCUUUGAAGUAGAGAACCUGUCGCGCGAAUUACUUCAGAUCCAGCCCAUAAGCAGUAUGGAUAUCAAUGUGAGGUGGGUUGUACCCAAUGGAUGUGGUUUUGUUGUUGAAGGUCCAACCACCUUUGAAAUUGAGUCCGACUGUGAAUCGACUACAAUGAGAGUCAUAGCUGAGAGGCUUAGUAUGGCUGUAUGCGGCGCAACGCUGUUGCUUCAUCCUGGAGAAAAGGCGACGCUGGUUAUGUCCGCUCCACGGCCAAAGCUGGUUUAUGAAGGUGAUUUUUGGAAUGCUAUUAUGGCCGGCCAUAAAGUUGUACAGGAUGGCGUGUUGCUGUUACAAAACGUGGAUCGUGGUUCUACAAUGAAAAUUGUAGAACUUUCUGCAGAAUACUGUAUUUCGACUGGAGAAGUUGCACCCGUGUCAAUAGAUUUGGGUAAAGUUGGACAUUUCAACAUGUGGAAAGAAAUGCCGUUUUCAUUCACUAUUGGCAAUACGUCUCACUGUCCAAUGCAGUAUGAGCUGGAGAUACCGGAUGUGAUUGAUAUCAUUUCCAUAUCGAAUGAAACUGACUUGGGUGUGUUUAAGCGUCGUAUUGAUCCUGGGAUGAGCCAUACCGUGGAUGCAGUGCUCAAACCACGAAACAUCGACCCGCCCACACCUGGCUUACGCAAUUUUCCUAUCAACAUCAUUAACGUGUAUAAUCCUCGAAAUGUUUCUAUCUGCAAUGUUUCUGCAUUUUUGACCCAGUUUGAGCUGCGAUUCGAUCGACUUGUUGCUGGACAGCUUGAUCUUCCAACACUGAUUCAUCCGACACCACCCAAUGCUCUUCCAUGUGACAACUGGUUUACCAUUAUUAAUAUCACUGACGAAGAUGUGAAGUUUGAAGUCGGUUGCACACUGGCACCUGAUGUUGCCGAUCUGGUGGAAAUUGCAAUCCUGUCGCGUUUUUCAAACUCUCCACUAGUCGGCAGUUUAAGUCUUGCACCCAGAGGAACGACUGAAAUUAAAGUUCGAGCUUCUGCAUUGCCCAAAUCAAAACUGACCGCCAAUGAAAGCACGUCCAAGUAUUUGACAAAUGUUGAUGGCAUCACUUUGGGAACACUUUGGAUUACAUCCAAAAAUCAAGUAUCCAAUUCUACAGCUCAACCACUUGAUGCUGAUGUAUCUAUUGUUUCGCCUACGUCUUUAGCAGUAACACCAGCAUCUGCAAAUAUUCGAAUGACAGAGACAAUUCCAAUUCGUGGUACAAUUAUUGAAGGCUCUACAUUUAUUCUUUCUCAUCGCAGAAUUGAAUUUCAAUGUGUCAUGCCAUCGGACAGCGAAUUAGAAAACGGAGAAGAAUUGUCUGAAGCGAAAAUGAUGCAUACACCCAGUCCACUUCGAGUCCAGCACAAGGAUGUAGUCAUUACCAACGUAUCCAGCGACUUUAAUCUUGAGUUCAAAAUCGUGAUUGAAACUCCAAUUGAACUUGCUUCAACUACGGAUAAAAUCAAGGUGCAUCCGCUUGACAGUGCCAUGUGUGGUCGUGUUGAGCCUGGUGGAACAUUUGUAUUACGGAUUGAAUUACUCGAUCCAAAAAUUGGUGGCGUGUCGGAAGAUGUUAAGCUACACGUGCUGGAUAUCAAUUCUUUGAGUAAACAGGUACAAACCAUUUUCAUAUCGAUUGUGGAGGAUACGUUUGGUGCGUUGAAAGUCUCUGAAGACAAUAAUAACGUGUCGCAUCCACCUGCGGGUCUGUUUGAACCGUUUAUAUCACCCGACAGAACGGCUAUUGAUAAUAUACGGGGCGAGACAAAUAAUUCUUCUGUGCGCUGGGACGAUGAUUAUAAUUUUGCUUCUGGAGGAGUUGGUAAUACUAUGAAUUACACAGGUGCAGGCGGAUCGAAUUCAGGUGCAAGUGUACGCGCAGUUACUCCUGGUAUAAUGUCAUCCACUUCUACUACAGUGAGUUCGUAUGCACAUAUGGCUAGCGAGGAUGAUGACAUACCAUUUUCUGAUACUCGCUCAGGCGCAUCGUUUGGACCAAAUAUUGGAAGCACAUCCUCUCGUCACAUGAGCACUGUCGAUUCGAUAGUUAACUCAUCUGGUCGUCGAGCUACUGGUCAUAUUGUUCUUCGUGGAUGUAAGAAAGUAGCGGAUGCAAUUAGUGGCGAUUUUGAAGGACUAUAUGAGCUUGAUCUUGGUCAACAAGAUCUUGGUCAAACUCCCAUUUCCAAAAAAAUUGUCAUUGAAAACACUUCCAACUCCAAAGUAUUUUAUCGACUUGGAUCUAUUACAGAAAACGAUCGUUCAUGGUUGGUGUGUAGUUGUAGCGAAGGCGUUCUGGAUGCUUUUAGAUCUACAUCAGCUUCAAGUAGUUUGUCAGCCAGUCAUACCAUCACUUUGAAUAUCAUGGUUUCGCUAAGAGGCGUAUUUUCCACUUAUUUACUGGUUGAAAAUGUGGACAAUCGAUACGAUACAAAAAUUAUUCGAGUAUCGGUUGAAGUUGUUGCUAAAUCAAACGUACGAAGAUCUGCUGUGAGUGUAGCAGGUAUGGCUUCAAACUCGUCCAACUCGCGCAUAAUGCAGCUUGAACCCAACAAUAAUCAUGCGUUUGACGUUUUUACACAAGGCUUGGACUGGGACGACUCAUCAUUGGAAAUUUCACCUGUUUAUCUGGGCUGUUUGUACUCAUCCCACAGUUUGGUGAUUUGUAACCGUGAAUCAGUUCCAUUGGAGUUUUUGUUCAAGAGCAAUCUGACCUAUGACGAUGAUAGCGAGAUGUUGUUUUCGCUAUCUCCAACAAGUGUAAAACUAUUUAGAAGCCUGACUAUAGAGCCUGAAUCCUGUUCAAGGGUCUGUGUGCGAUUUUGGCCCGGCCAGUCCAUGCCCUGCGACAAGGAAGCAUAUUCUACAAACAUUGAAAACACCUCCAAAUCAUUGGAGGAGCAAGGUGCUGUGGAAAAGAUUGUUGAGAUUUAUAUCAAUUGCCGAUUAGUUAAAGACUACCAAAAAACCAUUACUUUUUGUGCAAUGUUGUGCCAACCUCAAAUCAUGCUUUCCCAGUCCGUGUUUUUGUUUUCUGGUAUGAUCCGAAGCAAAAAAACUGCUGCAGUAGGGGCAGAUUUGACGCAUGAUUCUACCAUACAAUCGCAUCAUAUUUCUACUAGUCCAAAUAUCAUUCAAUUUUCUCCUGUAGAUGAUACAUUCUCAGUCACUAAUUUGUUGCAUGAUACUCUCGAGUAUGAGAUCUUGACCGAUGUGGGGGAAGAUAAACUUGGUUGUGUUGGAUCUACUUUGUCGUUGAUUGGAGGCACCGGGCUCAGCAACAAAGGAAUGAUUUGUCCUCAGCCUGUUGGAUCUUUCAGACCUCUGUGGACCUCUACCGGAGUAUUAACACUGGGACCUAUGCAGUCGCAGAAACUUCGAAUUGUGCCUCUCAUGGAUAUUUUGGUCAAGAAUACUGAUGCACUUAAAAAGGAGAAAUACGUUUUAGAGCAUAUGAUUCUGUAUAACAAACGUCGACCGUCGGAAAAGUAUGGUAUUCAUGUUAAGCUUAGUUUUGGCAAUGUAGAAAUGUUCCACUUCGCGUCUGGAUCUCGGAGGAGUUUUUUCAAUCUCGAAUCACACAUUGUUCGCCUCUCGCAUGAACUAGAGGCUAUGCCGUCCAUGUACUUUACUGGAUGUAAUCUGACUCAAGAGUCGGCUGAAAAGGCCAGCGCGGUACAUUUCCUAUACCUGUAUGUGAUUGACGAACUGAUUCAUUACGGAACGAGAGACCAAGGGGCAGAGAUGUACCUUCCACUUGCAACGUUACUAUUUACAAUGAUUUUUUCUCAAUCGCUGUUUAAAGAGUAUGCGCCAGCUAGUUUAGUUGAAGUACCGAACUCGGAUAUAAGAGUAUGGCCAAAGAAGCUGUUGAAAUGGGUUAAGCCAUUUACAGUGUUUAUGGGACAUUUUCCCCAUCGAUUGAUUGCUAUGGAGCCAUUAAGGAUGCUUGCUAGAUCGUUGGUUUUGGAUUAUCGAAAAGCAAGCGUAUCUAGCAGUAACGUUACCACUACAGGAAGUGGAGGAGUAUCCUUGACUCCUUCUACAUUAAUGCCAUCUUCAGGCCAGGCAGUUUUGCCCACAUUACAGUUGUAUUCACAUAAAACGGAACACUGA